AGGCCGGCGCGCCCUGUGCCCGGCGCCUGUGGCUGGGGCCGUCCGCCCAGUGCCGUCCUCGGCCGCGUACCUAGCAUGGCCGGCCUUGGGCGGCCGGGCCCAGGGCCGCGCGCAGCAAUGCCCGCCUGGAAGCGAGAGAUCCUGGAGCGAAAGCGGGCCAAGUUGGCUGCCCUGGGCACGGGUCCGGGGCCCGGCGCUGCGCCCGCGGGGCCGGACGAGCGCUUGGUGCUGGCGGAGAGCCUGGGCCCGCUGCGCGAGAACCCGUUCAUGCGGCUCGAGUCUGAGCGGCGGCGUGGGGCGCGGCCGGCGCAGCAGUUGCUGGAGCUGUACCGCCGUGUGCCGGGAGUGCGCACCAUCCGCGCCGACAACAUACUCAUCAUCGAGUCGGCGCCCGGCUUCCCGCCCGCCGCGCCUGCCAGUGGCGAGCCGGGGCGCCUCGGUGUCGGGGCCGGACCCGUGACCCGGCGCAGCGACUUUCUGAAGAAGACCGGCAGCAACUCCUUCACCGUCCACCCUCGGGGCUUGGCCCGCGGCGUGGGCACUCGCUCACUCUCCAACGGGCCCGCCGACCCCGAACCCCUGGCCGGCCCUGCCAACGGGCUCGCGGGCUCCCCAACUGCGCCGGGCGAGUGGAAGCCAAAGGUGGAGUCGGGGGAGCCCUCCCUCCACCCGCCCCCUAGCCCUGGGACCCCGAGUGCCACUACAGCCGCGCCCCCUGCCUUCUGCGCGCCCAGCUCUGCCAGUGCCACUUCCACUCCCAGCCACUGUCUGAGAGUCUCUGCUGCCGCCAGCGCCAACAACUCCUUCGAGAUAAGGCCAGCUCCCAAGCCAGACAUGGAGACCAUCCCUUUGGGGGACCUCCAGGCACGAGCCCUGGCUAGCCUCCGUGUGAACUCCCGCAACUCCUUCGUUUUCAUCCCCAAGCGCAACGCCUCCAGGGCCCCUCUUCCCCAGGGGAAGCAGUUGGUUGAGCUGCCAAAGCCAGAGAUGGGCUGGGCUUCUCAGAGUGAGGAGCUCAGAGCCCAGCUGGUGUCUGGAGGGGAUGGUGUGCCUGCCCUCCGAAGGAGCCCCUCUAGGAUUGAGGUGCAGUGGGCAGCCAAGGAGGGGGGCUGUCCCAGGCCAGCCAUCACCCUCACAGACCGGUCCAUUAGGUGGCAGAGGCCAUCCUCACCGCCCCCAUGCCUACCAGUCACUGCUGAGGCAGAGCCUGCUGAGAGUUUGGGGAUUCCCAGCUGCGCCAAGGAUGAUGGGGAGCAUUCAAGGCCAGGACUGCCCAUCACCUUCAUUGAUGAGGUGGACUCAGAGGAGGAAGCUCCCCAAGAAGCCAAACUACCCUGCUCAGGGGCUGAGGUCCCUCUCCAGUACCACCUGCACCGUGCCAGGCCUGAGCACUCCUCAGAGCUCCAGCAUCGAGGCAGCAACACAUUCACAGUGGUGCCCAAGAGAAAGACAGGGGCCCUGCAAAUGCCACAGUCGGAUCAAGCCAAUGGGGAGCCCCCUCCACGGAAGCCUGAGGAAAAGGAAGCUGGUAGUCUCUCGGGAUCUUUUGCUGCCCUGGGUACCACACUGAAGAAGCGCUACCCUACUGUGCAUGAGAUUGAGGUGAUUGGUGGCUACCUGGCCCUGCAGAAGUCCUGCCUCACCAAGGCUGGUUCCUCAAGAAAGAAGAUGAAGAUUUCCUUUAAUGACAAGAGUCUACAGACCACAUUCGAGUACCCCUCUGAGAGCUCCCUAGUGCAGGAGGAAGAGGUGGAGGCUGAAGAGGAGGAGGAGGAAGAAGGAGAGGAGGGGGAAGAAGACGACGAGAGACUUGGUUCAGAGGAGAAACCCUUUACCCUCUUCCUGCCUCGUGCCACGUUUGUGAGCGGUGUGGGGCCCGAGAGCCCCUGGCUGCCAGAGGGCAGCUCAGGCCUGUCCAGCUAUACUCCAAAGCACUCCAUGGCCUUCAGCAAGUGGCAGGAGCAGACACUGGUGCAGGCUCCAAGGGAGGCAGAGCCCCCACCCAAGGAGGUCAUGCUCACACCUGCCAGUCAGAACGACCUCUCCGACUUCCGCAGUGAGCCUGCCCUCUAUUUCUGACCCCUGUGCUGCCAGGAUGGCCAAGGCUGAGCCCCAGAUGUGGUGACCCUGGGAGCCAGACAGUGCCCAAGAGCCCUACCCUUACUUUGCACCUGUGCCUCUUGGCCCUGCUCACCAGCCCUUCCUUCCUAUGGCCUCAUACCCACGCUGGCCCCAAAAGCAACUGGGUUCCUCCCACUGUCAGGUCAAGUCUUUCUGGGUUUCAUCCUGGAUUUGGGGACUUCAAGGAAGAGCACAAGUGGGGGACUUCUUGUGGGGAGGGCUGGGGUACUGCUGGAUAGUGUCUGUCUAUGAUCAUGUAGGGACUUGGGCAGAUUCCAACCCAGGCUGCCCUCUGUCCUGCCUCCAAGGCUACCUCCCAGCCCUGCUGCUGUGCCUGGCAACUAGUGGGCAUGUGGGGGUCAGAGGCUGUCCCAGCUGCUGUCCUUUGCAGGAUUCCUAGCCCCCUGUCCUCAGCUCACAUUCCUACCACGGUGGAGCUCAGCCUACCCUCUGACAGAUGGCAAGUGUUUUCUUGCUUCUGAUGUUGGACUCAAUAAACAACCCUGGACAAGGCGG